ACUAUCAUUAACUCCAUUUUUCUUCUUUACUCUCCCUCUCUUUCCUUAUCUAUUCUCUCACGUCUCAUAUUUUUUCUCCUCUUUCUCGUCACCUUCACCCAAAGCUCAUAGCUUAUAAAAUUAGCUCAUCAAACAGAAACUACCUAUAGGCUAUAGCUAUGGGGAGAGCACCUUGUUGUGACAAAAAUGGUCUCAAGAAAGGGCCAUGGACAACCGAAGAGGACCAGAAACUUGUUGAUUACAUUCAAAAACAUGGAUAUGGCAAUUGGAGGACACUCCCAAAGAAUGCUGGGUUGCAAAGAUGUGGAAAGAGUUGCCGUCUCCGUUGGACUAACUAUCUUCGACCAGAUAUAAAACGAGGUCGGUUUUCAUUUGAAGAGGAAGAGACAAUAAUUCAGCUACAUAGCAUUCUUGGCAACAAGUGGUCUGCGAUUGCAUCUCGCUUACCAGGAAGAACAGACAAUGAAAUAAAGAACUAUUGGAACACUCACAUUAGAAAAAGGCUUCUGAGGAUGGGAAUUGACCCUGUUACACACAGUCCUCGACUUGAUCUAUUGGACAUCUCUUCCAUUCUAAACGCAUCUUUCUAUGGUUCAUCACAAAUGUUCCUUGGCAUGCAGCACUCCUUGGUCAACCCUGAGCUUUUGAGGUUGGCUUCUUCAAUCAUCUCCUCACAGCAACACAAAGACUCAAACACGUGUGCUCACAAAAGUGAUCAACAGAACCAGCUUUGCCAUCCCCAAAUUCCAGAGUUUGUCCAAUUUCAAGACCCUGUUCAAGAAGUUCCUGCAUGCACCAUGUUCAACACUACCACUUGUGUUUCACUGCCUAUAACUCAACCACAGUUGGUUGAGCCUAAUAAUGUGGACCCAUAUCCAUCAUCAAGUUUCACAGACUUCACUUACCAACAACAUUCUCAUGAUGAGCUAAUAAGUGAUGAUUGGCACAAAAGUGGGGUUGCUUUAAACACCUUAACAGAUGACUAUGUCCCUCAAUUAUCAAGCUGUAAUUAUUAUAGUUCUGAUGGUCAAAGUCUCACGUAUCCUCCAUUGUCCGAACCUUCAACCUUUUAUUCCAGUAACAGCAAUCAGAACUUCAACUUCGCUUCAGUUCUAUCCACACCUUCGUCAAGUUCCACACCGUUGAACUCGAACUCCACGAUAAUCAACGGGAGCAGCACAGAAGAUGAGAGAGAUCAAAGCUAUGACAGUAGCUACAUGUUGAAAUUUGAAAUCCCAGAUAUUUUAGAUGUCAAUGAGUUCAUGUAAGGUGAUAAGAUCAGAUAGAUCAUCAACAAUUGAAUCAACCAAAACGUUGAUUGGUUGGUUAUGGAUCCACGGUGUUGAUACCUAGCAUUUCCUAAAUUUUAUUAUUGAUUGAUAGUUUACAUUUCUUAA